AUGGGCACUCGGGUGCUGUCCCUGAGCGCCCGGCUGGGCCCCCCCCCGCCGCCCCCGCCGCCGCCCGCGGCCCCGGACGACUCCCCCGUGUUCGCGCAGCUGAAGCCCGUGCUCGGCGGCGCCGCGCCCCGGGACGCCCCGCUCUUCCCCGCCGACCCGCUGAAGCGGCACGCCCCGCACCACCCUCCGCAGCACGCUCCGCACCACCCUCCGCAGCACGCUCCGCACCACCCUCCGCAGCACGCUCCGCAGCCCCCGCAGCCCCCGCAGCAGGCGGGCGGCGCCAGGAUCCCCGCCAACGAGGAGCUGGUCCAGACGAGAUGCGAAAUGGAGAAGUACCUGUCGCCUCAGCUUCCCCCCGCUCCCAUCAUCCCAGAGCAUAAAAAGUACAGAAGAGACAGCGCCUCCGUUGUAGACCAGUUCUUCACUGACAGCGAAGGGUUGCCGUACAGUAUCAACAUGAAUGUCUUCCUUCCUGACAUCACUCACCUGAGAACUGGCCUCUACAAAUCCCAGAGACCGUGCGUGACACACAUCAAGACAGAACCCGUUGCCAUUUUUAGCCAUCAGAGUGAAGCUACUGUCCCCAACCAGGCCCCUACUCAGGCUCUCCCCGAGUUCACUAGUAUAUUCAGCUCACACCAGACGGCAGCUCCAGAUGUGAACAACAUUUUCAUCAAGCAAGAGCUUCCUGCACCAGAUCUCCAUCUCUCGGUCACUCCCCAGCAGGGUCAACUGUACCAACUCCUGAGCUCUCCGGAUUUAGAUCUGCCCAACUCUACCAAUCAAGCCGCGGUAAUGGACACUCUUAAUAACGUCUCCAUGCCAGCAGCCAUGGCAGGCCUCAAUGCGCUCGCCUCGGCUGUUCCGCAGACUGCAAUGAAGCAAUUCCAGGGUAUUCCUCCCUGCACGUACACAAUGCCAAAUCAGUUCCUUCCACAGCAGGCCACUUACUUGCCUCCUUCACCCCCAAGUUCCGAGCCUGGAAGUCCAGAUAGGCAAGCUGAGAUGCUACAGAAUUUAACCCCUCCCCCUUCUUACGCGGCUACGAUUGCUUCCAAGAUGGCAAUUCACAAUCCAAAUUUACCAGCCACCCUGCCAAUUAAUUCACAGAACAUCCCAACUGUCAGAUACAACAGAAGGAGUAAUCCAGAUCUGGAGAAGAGACGCAUUCAUUACUGUGACUAUCCUGGCUGUACAAAAGUGUAUACAAAGUCUUCCCAUUUAAAAGCUCAUCUGAGGACUCAUACUGGAGAGAAGCCAUACAAAUGCACUUGGGAAGGCUGCGACUGGAGAUUUGCACGCUCUGACGAAUUGACCCGCCACUACAGGAAACACACGGGCGCCAAACCUUUCCAGUGUGCUGUGUGUAAUCGGAGCUUCUCUCGCUCCGAUCACCUGGCUCUGCACAUGAAAAGGCACCAAAACUAAGAAGAACUGUUUCUCUCGACGCCGUCAGUAUCUAUGCAAUUCAUCGCUGGCGUUCUGCAGUUAGAUUUGGCAGAUUUUCAACUCUGGACUUAGAAAUGCUCAAAACUGGAAAUGUAUAUUUUGUAUAUUUGAGGAAACAGGGAAGACACUGUAUUAAUACCAAAGUGUUCAGGCAUUUUAAGAACCUAAUAUUUGCUCUAUUGUACAUGGCUUUGGUCAGAAGACAUCAUCUCAUUACAGGUAGAUGUAUCCCAACGCAUCAUGUAGAUGUUUGGGGAAUAUUAUCUCUUUCAUUUCUCUCCUGCGUGUAUGUGGGUGUGCGUGUACACACGUGCAUACGCACAGAUGUAUGUGGCUGUGUUUGCAGUGUUUUUACCAAAGCAGUGUCCUUUUAUUGUGACAGUGUUUGGUAAAUAAAGAAUUGGCAGCCGCGAGAGUAGUAGUUGUGAAUUGUAAUACGUCAAGAUUAUACUUGACAUUUUAAAGUUAGACAAUGUUCUUUGGAGAUGCAGUAUAUCUGGCAAUGCACAAACAGCCAUUGAACAAAAUGUUUUUUAUAGGUGUUGCAUAUAUUUACUAUGGACUCUUUUUGUAAAUAUUCAAAUCUGCUUUAUAGGUAAUAUUUUCUAGGAUUCUUCUGGCAAAAAAACUCAACAUAAUUGUAUGUUCACAGUUGGAAUUUUUUAACUACCUUUCCAAACACUAACAACAAAUUUCCUGUAAAGAAAAAGAAGACUGAUUUUAUAUAUAUAAUAUAUAUGUGUGUAUAUAUAUAUUAUACUUAUAAAAGUAAAUUCUGAGCACUGAUUAAAAUCAUUUGAAAUAUUUCAAGGGGCAAACAAUUUUACGUGAAUUGUGUCAGCAGCUUAAUGAAAAUAGUUACAAUAUUCAGAAUGUUAAACCUUAUGAUAAGCUAAACAUAGUAUCACUAAAACGAAGGAUUUCUGAUGCAGUUUUCAUAUACUGUAAUGUUAAGGCUUAUUCAGUACUUUUGGUUCAAUGCCAAUUUUAGUUUUUAUGCGGAUGUUGCAUGAACUUUAUAUUAUUGUACAGUAAGGUAAAGGACACAGUAAUUUUACUUAAAUUACAGUGCAGUUUAGUUAAUUCACUGUUAAUACUGACGCAGUAUCUGCCUUUAAAUAUUAAGUGACAUGUUGGAAAUGAAACAACUACAUUUAUGCAAUUUAUAGUGGUAUUAUGGUGAUGCUGUUAACCAAAGGGCAGAGUGUAAAAAUAUGCCAAAAAGGGUCUCAAUUGAAAGGAAACUUUUGUUUAAAAAAUAUUGUUUGUCUUUAUUUAUUUUGUGGUAAUAUGUUAGAUUUUUUUUUAGAAGACAAUUUUACAUAUACUUGAUAAAUUAUAGUUUUGUUUGUUAUACUUAUCAAUGUUGCUCUUAAAACAAAAUGUAAAUAAUUGAUAAAUGGUGUACAUAAUUUUGUAAGAGGCUUCAAUGUUUAUACAUGGAAAAACAUGCAAAAAUUGGUUGCUGUUUUGCUUCUUUCCCCCCUUAUUUUUGUAUUGUGGUAUUUCCUAUGCAAAUAAUGGAGCAAACAGCUGUAUAGUUUAGAAUGGUUUUCUGAAAUGGUUUAUAUAUAAGAAUUUUUUUUGAAAAAUAAAAAGUGCCUAAAAUAUUCAUGAUGUCAUUUAUGAUUUGUCUUAUUAAAUAA